AAAUAAGAAAACAUACUGAAACAGAUUUUUGGGGUGCUUUGACAAUCUCAGGGGGAGCUGGAGGAAUAAUGGGAGAGAGAUGAAGAUACUGGUCCCAGCAGCGCCCCCUGUAGUCCAGGCAGGUGUCUGUCCAUCAUCACAGAGGAAGAGGAGCUACUAUAAAUCUUCAUCCUGGAGGUUUGACAUCUCCAGAGAGAGGAAGCUGGAGAGGAGUGACGCUUUCACUUCAAUCUUCUGACCUCAUCACUGAAACUAAGUUUCAUCACUAACCCUCAGGUCAUCUUCAGCUCGUCUCUCAUGACCUUCAUCCUGAACAUUUAUGCUGAUCCACCUCUGCAGGGUCAUUUUCCUCAAACGUCAGGAAACAAACCCAGUAAACAUGUUAUUCACAUUUUUAGGAGGUCAGCCACAGUUUUAUUUCAGGACUCUUCCUGAGUCUGUCUGAACACACUGAUGCUGCUGGAAUGUAGAAAUGCUGGGAACCUCUCUGUCUAGGGACUUACAGGAAAGAAAACUCCUUCACAGACAUGAGCUGAGCUUAUCUGUCAGUGUUUGUGACUCAGAGUGUUCAGCAACUUCCUGUGCCUGUGGUCACAUGUUUCCUUUCAUUUCCUGUAACACAAACAGAAAGGAGGAUCAUUUCACCAGCAAACCUCUUCUCCCUGACGAACAGUUCACAUCCAACAAUAGAAACAGAAGGUGUAGAAAAUAAAACUCAGCUUCAGGCUUUAAACCGGCUUUUAGAGGAUUUAACGAUUUGAAUUUCUUUGUUUAGAGAAAUUAGAGGUGAUGGAUGUAAAGCUUGUAUUUUCAUGUUGAAGGCUCUGAAAUGAGUCAGUGUGAGGACUCAGAGCAGCACCCCGCUCCAUUAGAACCUGCCCUGCAUGAAGAACAUGAAGCUCAACUCAGACCUGAAUCCACACCUAAACCUGGACCUGAACCAGGGCCUGGACUCAGACAUGAGCCCAGCCGCGUGUCCUGCUGCUCCAAGGAUCAGUCCUUCGACCUUAAAGAACAACGCUCUGCUGCAAAGAGGAAAAACCAAGGAUCAUCCUCUCAGGAUCAUGACCCAGAUCAAGGAUCUGGUCCCAGCUCUGUGUCCUUAGAAAGUGACUGCUCAAAGGAUCACUACAUUUAUUUUGAUGACCACCAACCCUCUGCUGGGAAAAGGAGACCGGUUCCUGAAUCUGGACCCCGAACCAGCUGCUUGUCCUUUAAGAGUGACUGUUCAAAGGAUCACUACAUUUAUUUUCAUGAUCAACAGUCCUUCAACAACAACAGCAGUGUGGACCAGAGGACCUCUGAGGUUCCCAUCGAUGUAGAUUCCUGGCAGAAACAACCACACCUGGAUUUCAUCUUUAAGCUGCUGGAGAAGAAUAUCGUCACUUUUGUGGCAAAAGAGCUGAGGAAGUUCCAUGAGGGUCUGAUGUCAGAUUACCCAGAAUGCUUUGAGAGUCAAAGAGAAGAUGAGGAGGACAGGCGGAGGAGUGACAGCAGAGAGGCAUUACUGAGGAUCAUGGUGGACUUCCUGAGGAGCAUGAAUCAGGAGGAGCUGGCUGACCGUCUGCUGAGAAAACCUCCAUCUUCAGUUUGUCAGCGCAAACUUAAAUCCAACCUGAAGCAGAAGUUCCAGUGUGUGUUUGAGGGGAUCGCUAAAGAAGGGAACCCAGUCCUUCUGAACCAGAUCUACACAGAGCUCUACAUCACCGAGGGAGGGACUGGAGAGGUCAACCAGGAACACGAGGUCAGACAGAUCGAAACAACAUCCAGGAAAGCAGACAGAGCAGAGACAGCCAUCAGACAGGAGGACAUCUUUAAAGCUUCACCUGGUGGAGAUGAACCAAUCAGGACAGUGAUGACGAAGGGCGUGGCUGGCAUUGGGAAAACAGUCUUAACACAGAAGUUCACUCUGGACUGGGCUGAAGGCAAAGCCAACCAGGACAUCCAGUUCACAUUUCCAUUCACUUUCAGAGAGCUGAAUGUGCUGAAAGAGAAAGAGUUCAGCUUGGUGGAGCUCCUUCAUUACUUCUUUACUGAAACCAAAGAAGCAGGACUCUGCAGGUUUGAGGACUUCCAGGUGGUCUUCAUCUUUGACGGUCUGGAUGAGUGUCGACUUCCUCUGGACUUCACCAACAAUGAGAUCCUGACUGAUGUUAGCCAGUCCACCUCGGUGGAUGUGCUGCUGACUAACCUCAUCAGAGGGAACCUGCUUCCAUCUGCUCGCCUCUGGAUAACCACACGACCUGCAGCAGCCAAUCAGAUCCCUCCUGGGUGUGUUGACAUGGUGACAGAGGUCAGAGGGUUCACUGACCCUCAGAAGGAGGAGUACUUCAGGAAGAGGUUCAGAGAUGAGAGGCAGGCCAGCAGAAUCAUCUCCCACAUCAAGACCUCCAGAAGCCUCCACAUCAUGUGCCACAUCCCGGUCUUCUGCUGGAUCACUGCUACAGUUCUGGAGGAUCUGCUGAAGACCACCAAGAGAGGAGAGCUGCCCAAGACCCUGACUGAGAUGUUCAUCCACUUCCUGGUGAUUCAGACCAAGCUGAAGAACAUCAAGUAUGAUGGAGGAGCUGAGACUGAUGCUAGGGUGAGAUGGACUAAGAUGAUCCGGUCUCUGGGUAAGCUGGCUUUUGAGCAGCUGCAGAAAGGAAACCUGAUCUUCUAUGAACCAGACCUGAUGGAGUGUGGCAUCGAUAUCAGAGAAGCCUCCUGGUACUCAGGAGUGUUCACACAGGUCUUCAGAGAGGAGAGAGGACUGUACCAGGACCAGGUCUUCUGCUUCAUCCAUCUGAGUGUUCAGGAGUUUCUGGCUGCUCUUCAUGUCCAUCUGACCUUCACCAACUCUGGAGUCAAUCUGCUGUCAGAAGAACCAUCAUUGUCCUCAAUAACAGACCAAGAUGAGUCUUCAGUGACAAAGUUCCUGCAGACUGCUGUGGACAAGGCCUUAGAAAGUCCAAAUGGACACCUGGACCUGUUCCUCCGCUUCCUCCUUGGCCUGUCACUCCAGACAAACAAGAUUCUUCUAGAAGUCCUGCUCUCAGUAUCACUGAAAACCCCACAGGACGUUCAGGAGAUAGUCCAGUAUAUCAAGGAGAAAAUGGAGGAGAACCCCCACCCAGAGAGAAGCAUCAACCUGUUCCACUGCCUCCAUGAACUCAAGGACCAUUCUCUGGUGGAGCAGAUCCAACGGUACCUCCGAUCAGGAAGACUCUCGAAGGAGAAACUGUCUCCUGCUCAGUGGUCAGCUCUGGCCUUCAUCCUGCUGUCAUCAGAGAAAGAUCUAGAAGAGUUUGACCUGGAGAAAUACUCCUCUUCAGAGGAUGCUCUUCUGUUCCUCAUGCCGGUGGUCAAAGCCUCCAAGAAAGCUCUACUUAGAAGCUGUCACCUCUCAGAGAGAAGCUGUGGAGCUCUGGCCUCAGUCCUCAGCUCCCAGUCCUCUAGUCUGAGAGAGCUGGACCUGAGUAACACCGCCCUGCAGGACUCAGCAGUAGGGAUGCUGGCUGAUGCUUUGGAGAGUCCAGACUGUACCCUGGAAACACUGAAACUGGAUGGCUGUUCCCUCUCAGGGAGAAGCUGUGAAGCUCUGGCCUCAGUCCUCAGCUCCCAGUCCUCUAGUCUGAGGGAGCUGGACCUGAGUAACAACAACCUGCAGGAUUCAGGAGUGAAGUUUCUGUCUACAGGACUCGAAUGUCGACGCUGUACUCUGGAGACUUUAAGGCUGUCAGGAUGUCUUAUCACUGGAGAAGGCUGUGCUCAUGUGGUUGCAGCUCUGAAAUCCAACCCCUCCCAUCUACAAGAGCUGGACGUGAGCUACAACCACCUCGGAGACUUUGGAAUCAAGCUGCUUUCUGCUGGACUGGAGGAUCCACAAUGGGGUCUAGAUACACUGAGGGUGGAGCCUGAUGGAGGCCAGUGGUUGAGACCAGGUCUGAGGAAGUAUUCCUGCGACCUCACCAUCGACACAGACUCCAUAAACAGACGGAUCCAACUCUCAGACAACAGCAGGACGCUGACAUUCGUGGAGCAGGACCAGCCGUACCCCGAUCACCCAGACCGGUUCGACCAGUGGCCUCAGCUGCUGUGUAGAGAGCCUCUGACCGGCCGCUGUUACUGGGAGGUGGAGUGGAGAGGCCACGUGGAUAUAACCGUGAGCUACAGGGGGAUCCAGAGGAGAGGAGGCGGCGUGGACUGUGUGUUUGGAAGGAACGACCAGUCCUGGAGACUCAGCAUCUCUGAUGGAGCGUACACGGCGUACCACAAAGACACGGUAACCUCCGUCUCCUCCUCGCCCUCCGUCUCCAACAGAGUAGCCGUGUAUGUGGACUGUCCUGCUGGCGUCCUGUCCUUCUACAUGGUCUCCUCCGAUGCUCUGGUCCACCUCCACACCUUCAACACCACAUUCACUGAGCCUCUCUAUCCAGGGUUUGGGUUUGGAUUCUGGUUCCGGUCAAGCUCCUCAGUGUCUCUGCUGUCUGUAGAAGACCGCUGAUGGAGUAUUUGGAGCUUAUCUGACUGUAAAUAAGUCCUGUCACAGAGAGGCUGAGCCAAUCAGAGCUGAGAGAGGAGCGAGGACGGUCUGGUAGCUGUUUCAUGGCUCUGAUAUUCUUCAGAAUCUUCAGGGCUCAUGAUGGGCCUCACUGAGAGUUUGGCUCUCUAGACCCCCACCUACACCUGACGGGACGUUUGUAAGUAUGACUGGUAUUUAGUAUUUAUGUCUGUAAAUAUGGACAGAAAUGUUCAGAUACCAGAAAUGUUAUUUCAGAAAAGACUAAACCACAGUUAGUUAUGUAUUUCAGUAGAGUUAGUACAUUACCUUGAAUAUUUUAAUAGAUAAAUACCUGACCUUUCACGUGUCAUUGAGAAUGUUUUUUACAGUGUAGCUGUGUGCUGUGGAGUUGCUCAAUAAAUUAUU